GAGAUUAAAUAAAACUUUCUGAUGCGCGCUAUCUCAACCGUCUCCAACGCCCUAUCCUGUAUUUCAGUUAAGUGAGAAGGGUCUCCCUCCCCAAAAAGAUAAGCAAUGGCAAUUGCUGCAACUGCAUUCAACCCUAGAAAAACCAUAAUAUCUACGAGCUUGCAGCUUCUCGGAGCGAAUAAGAGAAUAAUUUGUCAGUCCUCUUCCUUUUGGUGUCCUAAUUUCUGCAAUUCUCGCGUUAAGGCUGGCUACGAAUCUCGGGUUUUAUCUGCUAAGCUUGCAUCAGAUGUCAUAGUUCAUGAACGAGUCUCUGAAACAGCUACAGGUUGGAGAGAGUUUUGUGAAAAUGUAUCCGGUGAAUGGGAUGGGUAUGGUGCUGAUUUCUCUAGUGAAGGAGAACCCAUAGAACUUCCAGAGUCCGUGGUUCCUGAAGCUUUUAGAGAGUGGGAUGUAAAGGUUUUUGAUUGGCAAACGCAGUGCCCAACCCUUGCUGAGACUGAAGAACCUAAACUUGUGUACAAACCGACCAAGUUACUCCCAACUGUUGGAUGUGAAGCUGAUGCAGCAACUCGUUAUAGCAUUGAGGAGAGAUGGAUAGGAGGCGGAAAUAAUGGGGCCUCUACCUUUUCAUAUCACCCUAGCGGUUGUUAUGUAGCUGUUUGGCCAGUAGAUAAACACGGUUUGCUUGAAUUAGAGUAUUGCUUAGUUGAUCCUGGUAACCGAGAAUCUCGAACAAGGAUAUCUCGAACAAGGAUAAUUCAGGUUGUAGAAGUGGAGAAAGAUAAUGGGGAGCAAAAGACUGUGAUGAGGUUGAGGAAUAUAAAGGUUUUUAGUGAACAGUGGUAUGGACCUUUCAGGAAUGGAGAACAGCUGGGGGGAUGUGCUAUUAGUGGGUCUGGUUUUGCCACUACGGAUGUUCUCAAAGACUCAGAAGUCACAGGCUCAUGGGAGAGUCAAAUAUUUGUUGCCAGCUUCAAGAAUUCUCAACAUGAGUUAUUUAGAGAACUUGUUGAUCAAAUGCCUCAAAAGGUGACUAGAGACCUGUGUGAUCUAGUGUUACUGCCGAAGCAACUAUGGUGUUCCUUGAAGGAAAAUACAAUUGGUGAAACUUGGGGAGAGGUUGGUUGUUUAGCUGGCCCUGGAAAUGUGAUUACAUCUCGAUGUGUCUUCUCCAAAAAUGGCGUGUUACAGGAAAUGGCUAUAGGAUAUGAGAGCAGAAAUUCAGAGAUUGAAGAAUAGUGCAGGGCCACACUGGGGAAUAUCAAUGGCAUGUUUCCUUAGUGGGUUACCUGCAGAAUUGUAUCAUGUCGCUACCGAAAGGGUUGUCGCGUAUUAUAAUUAAAAACCUGUGAAUUCGUAAUUUCUGAACAAAAAAUACUAGAAUUGUAUAAAUGUAAACCAUAUAGCAUACAGUGGAAA